AUGCUUAAUAAUCUUGGAAGAGCUGUCUUCAACAGAGAAUAUAAAUUGACCGCCAAUCUCUGGUUCAAAGAUAUCGUGAAUUUUUCAAAUAUGGGAGAAACUAAUAGAUUUAUAAGAGACAGUUUUUGGGGAAGAAUAACAUAUCACGUAUCGGGUCACAAAUAUUUCUAUCAUAAAGAAGAAAGUCCCGAUUACAUCAUUCCCGACAAAUAUCUCAUAGAUCUGAAGAAAGAAGGUACAAAUUCUGUUGAAGUUCGCCCCACAUCACCAAAACGUAAUGACUCCGGUAAUUCUACCAAUUCCAAUGAUUCUAAUGAAACCUUGCAUAAUGAUAAUAGAAUAGUUGUUGACUGGGAUGGAGUUGAUGAUCCCGAAAACCCCAAGAAUUGGUCAUUAUUCGAAAAGUCUAUAGUGGUUUUCCAGAUUUGCCUUUUGACGGCAGUUGUUUACAUGUCGUCAGCUAUUUUCACUCCAGGUGUUGACCAGAUUAUGGAAGAAUUACACAUCACCAGAGUCAAAGCAACCGUUCCAUUAACAACAUUUGUUAUUGGUUAUGGAAUUGGUCCAAUGUUUUUGAGUCCUAUGAGUGAAAAUGCUGUCUUUGGCAGAACUUACAUUUACAUUGUUACAUUAUUCAUAUUUUUCAUUCUUCAAAUACCCAUUUCUCUAGUUAAUGAUAUUACAUCACUAUCCAUUUUAAGAUUCUUCAGUGGUAUUUUUGCUAGUCCUUGCUUAGCUACAGGUGGUGCUUCUAUGGGCGAUAUCACUCCCAAGGCAUACUUACCUAUAACCAUUGCCAUUUGGUCUAUUUCAGCUUGUGCUGGUCCUGCUUUGGGUCCUUUGAUCGGAAGUAUCAUGGUCGUUAAGAGAAAUUGGCAUUGGACUUUCUGGUUUGUUUCCAUGACUUCAGGUAUUCUUUUAGUGACAUUUGGAUUCUGUUUACCAGAAACUUAUGAAAAAACCUUAUUAUUGAGGAAAGCUAAAAGAUUAAGAAAAGUCACAGGCAAUCCGAAUAUUACCAGUGAAGGAGAAAUUGAAAAUGAAGGAUUGACUGUCAGGCAAGUAGCCAUUGAAACUUUGUGGAGACCAAUUGAAAUAACUCUUUUCGAACCAGUAGUGUUGUUAAUUGACUUGUACAUUGCAUUGGUAUAUUCAAUCCUCUACAUUUGGUUUGAAGGUUUUCCCAUUGCUUAUAUGGGAACUUAUAAUUUCACUUUAAUCACCAUGGGAGCAACUUUCAUCACUGUUGCCAUUGGUGUUAAUUUGGGAGCUUGCGUAUAUGUUCUAUAUACUUACAAGUGGUUUACUAUCCCACUAAAUAAUAAUGUCAAAGUCCAUCCUGAAGUUUUCCUUCCAAUAAUGAUUGUAGGAUCAAUUUUUUUGCCAACAGGUGUUCUUAUUUUCGGAUGGACUGUCAAUCCAAAUGUGCAUUGGUUUGGGUCUUUAGUAGGUGGGGCACUAUUCGGAGUUGGUGCAUUCGUGGUAUUUCAAUCUUCAUUCUUGUAUUUAGCUGAUUCGUUCCCGGAUUACUUAGCUUCAGUAUUCGCUGGAAACGACUUACUCCGAUCAGUCAUUGCGUCCGUAUUUCCAUUGUUCGGACAUGCAUUAUUCGAUAAUUUAGCUAUUGAUAAUUAUCCAGUAGCUUGGGGUUCUUCUGUUUUGGGUUUUAUCAGUAUUGGUAUGAUCUUGAUCCCAAUUUUAUUCUACUUGAAUGGUCCAAAAUUAAGAGCCAGAUCCAAAUAUGCCGAAACAGAUUUAUAG